AAUUGUCCCCGGACUGAGUGAUAAUUCAGCCUCUGCCGCUGCAUUCUGGUUUCGGCCCAUUGGCCAUUUGUUCACAUGAACUCUUCCUUUUCGCUUGCCGUCUGCGCUGAUGUCCAUCCUUCCUUGCCUUGUUAUAUAACAUUUCAUCCUCCUACGUCCCUCUGCAACGACCGCACGCACUUACUCAUCAUCUACCCUCUCCCUUCCUAUCCCUCAUGAAAACUCCUCUUCUUUUCCACACUCAAUUCUUAGACUAUCUAUCAAUGACCUCCAGGUCUUCAACCCACUUCAUGACGACACAGGACACCAUGACUCCAAUGAUCCCAGUACCCGCAGCAAAGAAGGUCAUCCCUUUCCCAAACAUAUCGACCAGUCCUCCUGGCUCCGCUGCUAUGGACAAUGCAACCAUGGGCCAUCCAACAGCGUCGCCCAGCUCCAGUUCAUCCUCGGUCACCUUUUCAUCCUCGGCUGCUUCUUCGCCCUCCUCCUCUACACUUUCGCUCCCUCCCCCGGCCGUCUCCUCGGACAAGGGCAAGGGCAAAGGCAAGGGUAAGGCGACAGCCUCUGCGUACGAGGAGGAUGAUUGUUGUUACGAAGAGAGCAGUGGCAAUAAUGGCUCGAGAGGCAGAGCCUUGUUUUGCACAGGAUUACAAACCAAUCAGAACGCAGACAAUGUUUGUGCAACCCAGUCAUCGGAUGCGCUUCUUCCCAUGAACAACAACAGUAACAACAGUAUUACACAUCAACAAUCCCAACCACAACCACAACAGCAGAAGGGCGGCGAACACCUCCAAUAUCCUCAUAAACCACAUACAGAGGACCAUGAUCACCCCCCUUCCGCCGGUAUCUCCAGACCAACGACCGUCUCGGCUCUGACAGGCAAGGGCAAGGCAUCGCGUGCCAUGACCAGCUAUCCCGGAACCAUGGUUUAUGACCCCAGCGAAGGAUCAGGCUCCGGAUCUUCGCGCUCUCGAUUCGCUUCUGCCGCUGCACAGUCCUCAUACCUAACCGAUCUGGACAACGGCGAUGCUGGCGGUUCCAGCUCCGGUUCAGGAUCUGGGUCAGGAUCAAGUUCAAAGCCAGUCCUCAGCCGCGCCAUGACAGGUCCAGCCUCAAUGCAGCGUCCGUUUUUGACAUCGGCAACCUCAUCGUCAGCCAUCCCACCUUUGCCCAGCUAUUCGAGCUCGACACCCGAGGAGAAGAAACUGAGCGACCAAGACCUGGCGCUCCUCAGCUACGACGCCAUUCCAGCCGACUUUGAUUUCGGCGAUCUGCCAUUCUAUGACACGGACCCAAGGACCGGCCACAUCUAUGGUGAUCCUCAUGCCAUCACACGCCCACAUCUCAUUCCCGAGAAGCACUUUGACCUCUACCGAUUCAACUAUGAUGAGUCCGAUCCUCGGAGGACCAAUAUCUUCAACAAGCACAACGCAUUAUUGUACUACCAUCCUGGACGACACAUUGGGCAGGAACAGGAUUCAUUGCGGGCGAACACAAAUAAUCAGCCUCUCUGGAACAUGGUAGGGCGGACAUCGACCUGGGGUACAUUGACAGCGACUGAGAUGUUGACCAAGCGACAGAUCAAGAUCGUGAUGGAGAAUAACAAAAAGAAGGCUACAGCCGAGUCGUCGAGCGAGCCGAUCUCCCGGUUCGUCUUCCGAUGGAAAGCGGAUGAUUUUGUGGUCGAGUACAGGAAGCACAAGGAUCAGUACCGUAUUACUUGCUUCCAGAUGUGUGGGGGCGAGUCCAAGUGGAAGCCACCCCAGCCCAAGCCGACGCAGACGAUGUUCCAUGGCAUGGGCAUGGAUACCCCCGGAAAUGUUCACAUCCCCAUCACAGUGGGUUCACCCUCACCUUUCGAUCCCACGCGGUAUCUGCAGCUGAUUUCAGAGUACCGAUUGAAUUCUGGUCCGGUUCAGAAGCGCGGAGUGUUUGAGCUGUACAACCCAGACACGUUCCCGGCCGAGUUUAGGAGCUUCCUGAUGCUGGUCUCGCUCGUCAUCCUGGAUGUGGUGCGGCCGUUCGAUGACAAGCAGUUCUACAGAGAGUUCCCAGAUGCAGCGCUCAAGAAGUUGGCGGUUUCUGGUACGGGUGGGCUCCAUACUGCGGGGGGUCCGGUACUGAACGGUCGUCCGGCUCUGAUGGCGGUCGUGGGCCAGCUGGGCUCAAUGUCUGGGUCUUCGCUGGCAAUGGACCAGAGCAAUGUGAGCUCGGCGAGCAUGAAGGCCAAUGCUGUCGCUAUGGUGGAUGUGGGUCCGACGACGAUACCGACUGUCAAAUCUACGACACGGUCAAGGAGCAUGACUCUUCCUGCCAUUGUCGCUGCGCCUACUAGAACUCAGACCGCUCCUGCGGUUCCUUCUGUUAUGGCCAGCAAGGAGAAGAACACCAAGAUGUCGCGAUGGGGAAGCUUUUUCAAGAAAUAAGCACUUUUUCUUGAAAUAGUGUGUUCUGUCUGCUCCAUUCUUUGUCAUGUUUUAUACCCAUCCUUCGUUUGCUACCAUUACUAUUACUAACUUCCACUGCUACUAUUACAAUUACUGCCACUAUGGCUGUUACCACAAUCUUCUGUACAUCAACAUCAAUAUCUUUAGUAAAGUCUCUCAGCAUCUAAUGCU